CGAUUAGCAUUUCAGGUGCAAGCAGGCCAGGGUAAUGGUGUUAGCUCUGCACUGCCCAUGCAGUGGUACGUGGGCAGAUAACCAGAGGCAAGGCUGAACCAGAGCAGCUCUAUAUGAGGGGUAUAAUAUAACUGCAAGUUGCACCUCUUACACCUCUUCAAUCAACCGAUAGUAUUUUUGCAUCGACCAGUCAAUAAAACUCCAAAAAAUGUCGGGCCUUGAGGUUGCAUCAGGAGUAAUAGGCUUCAUCGAAACGGGAAUCGCACUCAUCGGUAGGCUUCGCAAAGCAUAUCAGCGCCAAACAGACCUCUCUCAAUCUCUUCUCAACCACUCCCAAGAGCUAGAAAAGAUCGAGACGUCUAUAAAACUCGUGAGGGACGAAGAUGCCUUGCAAACCGCUGCCGUCACUUCUGAGCUAGUCGAGAUGGAGAAAGUCACAAAGAAUCUCAUCGCGCUGCUCAAGGAGCUCUCAAAAAGUCGCGGUGCGGCACAUCAGUACGUCCACCAGCUAGUGAGUGGGUCAGAAGAGGAAGAGAAGCUGUCCACAGUUAUUGAUCAGAUAAGUCGGUCGCACGAGCAUUUGGCACUACGUCUCCAGGUUGCACAUGUUGGCUUGACAAAGACACUGGAUAGCAAGAUGGCUGUUGACAUGGAGGCGGUGCAAAGGAUCGACAAAUUGCUCCAGGAAGUUUUCGGAGAUGCAAGAAAACUAGAGAUGGUCGAGUUCGUGCGCUCUCGCAAUCCGCAAGAAAAUGGCAUCAUAGCUCUUGAUGAUGCGGACAUGGCGUUGCUUCCUGCAGCAGACGAUGAUGCCCAAGUACUUGAUGGCACUCGAAUAGUUCUGAAUAACCUGACCGAGGACCAAGCUAUCCAAAUCAACGGCCCCGUUGGACGAGAGGGUUGGAUGGAAGUGAGUUAUCUGGAGAUCCGCGAUAACAAGUCUGUAGGAAGAAGUACGCAGGUAAACCAUGCUAUUUCUAUGGAUGUCUUCAAGAGCUUGUUGGAACAUCGGGCAGCAAACAUGAAAUAACAGGCAAUGCAAAGACGAGAUUGUAUUGGGAUUGCGUUAUUCUGGCAGCAAACAGGUAUCCAUUGAGUCAUGUCCUUUAUGAAUGCCCUCAAUUACUCCGUUUUAUUUGUUCCCCUGCGUCUUCUUGUCGUUCUUUGCCUUCAAUUUAUCGGUGGUAUUGGCAAUCUCUGC